GGCAAUCCGUGCCAAACCGGGCCUAUUGGCUGGCCGCUGCCUGGAAAAGCGGUAUUAUCUUUUCAUGCUAAUAGACGAGGUCACUCGUGUUGUUCGGGCCAACGGGGACGGACGGACGGCGGCGUCCAAGUAGCUAUGCCCGGUGGACGGUAGCAUGAUAGCCGUGCAUGGGAGUCGGCAGGAAGCGUUUUGACUCUCGCCCGCACCGAAGCCACCGAGUCGGUGAGCAGCGUCCGACAUGGGGAAGGAGGUGAACGGCGUUUCCCGGAGCCGCUUUGAGAUGUUCACAAACAGCGACGAGGCAGUCAUCAAUAAGAAGCUACCUAAGGAGCUGUUGCUGCGAAUCUUCUCAUUUCUGGAUGUGGUGACGCUGUGUCGCUGUGCUCAAGUUUCACGAUCCUGGAAUGUCCUGGCGCUGGACGGCAGCAACUGGCAGCGGAUCGACCUUUUUAACUUCCAGCGGGACAUCGAGGGUCGGGUGGUGGAGAACAUCUCAAAGCGAUGCGGGGGCUUCCUGAGGAAGCUGAGCCUGCGGGGGUGCCUCGGCGUGGGCGACAGUGCCCUGAGGACGUUCUCUCAGAACUGCAGGAACAUUGAGCUGCUCAGUUUGAACGGCUGCACCAAGAUCACUGACAGCACCUGUAACAGCCUGAGCAAGUUCUGCCCAAAACUAAAGCACCUGGACCUCGCCUCGUGUACCUCAAUCACCAACCUGUCACUCAAAGCUCUCAGUGAGGGCUGUCCACUGUUGGAGCAGCUCAACAUCUCCUGGUGUGAUCAGGUCACCAAAGACGGCAUCCAGGCUCUGGUUCGGUGCUGUCCUGGACUCAAGGGCCUUUUUCUCAAAGGCUGCACACAGCUGGAGGAUGAGGCACUGAAGCAUAUUGGGGCGCACUGUCCUGAGUUGGUCACGCUCAACCUGCAGACAUGCUCACAGAUCACAGACGAAGGCCUCAUCACCAUCUGUCGAGGUUGUCACCGUCUUCAGUCGCUCUGCGUGUCGGGCUGCGCCAACAUCACAGACGCCAUCUUGCACGCGCUCGGACAGAACUGCCCACGCUUAAGAAUAUUAGAAGUGGCUCGCUGCUCUCAACUUACAGACGUGGGCUUCAUAACAUUAGCGAGGAAUUGUCACGAGCUUGAGAAGAUGGAUUUAGAAGAAUGUGUCCAAAUCACAGAUGGAACACUUACACAGCUGUCAAUAUACUGCCCUCGCUUGCAAGUUCUGAGUCUCUCCCACUGCGAGCUCAUCACCGAUGACGGCAUCCGGCACCUGGGCAGCGGGCCCUGCGCUCACGACCGGCUGGAGGUGAUCGAGCUGGACAACUGCCCACUGAUCACGGACGCCUCGCUGGAACACCUGAAGAGCUGCCACAGCCUGGACCGCAUCGAGCUCUACGACUGCCAGCAGAUCACUCGCGCCGGCAUCAAGAGGCUCCGGACCCACCUGCCUAACAUCAAAGUGCACGCCUACUUCGCCCCCGUGACUCCGCCCCCUUCGGUGGGGGGCAGCCGCCAGAGGUUUUGCCGCUGCUGUGUCCUGCUAUGAUGUAAAAGACGUCCGCCGCCUUCCUUCUUUCACAUGUCACCGGUGUUACACGUUUCCUAUUCCCUGACCUGGGGGCUUAGCCCAAUCAAGCAGUACAUGGCCAUGGGUCCCCGACCCCCCCCCCCCCCCCCCCCCCCCCCCCCCACCCCCCUCACCUUCGGAGCUCCAGAGAGAGAGAGACCAAACAGUGCAGGGUAACACACACACACACACACACACACACACACACACACACACACACACACACGCACACUCCACAGGUUCAUGUUUUUGACUGCAGUAUUACAACGAAGGUAUUGUAAAAAGGCUACAAACACUUAUGAAGGAUUUUUGUGCUUCAUUAGAUGAAGAAUUCAAAAAGAAAUCCAGAAUAUUGCAAUAUUUUGGUUUUAUUAGCUGCUCUGUCUUAAAAAAACAUGUUUUUUUUUAAUUGCUCCAAUCCAGCCCAAAUAUACCAAUUAAUAGGCAACUGUCAUGUGAUAUUUGAGUAUAUUAUUCAAAUUGUACAAUGGCCGACAGCAACAAACGCGCAAGAAACGCGCAGCAAACGUGCAGCAAACACGCAGCAAACGCUCCAAAACCAAAAAUGAUCUCAGAAUGAACAAACACCAAAAAAUGAAUGAAACAAGAAAAUGCUCCCAAUGCAAAAAAGAACCCACAAAACAACUGCUUAACAGCAAUGCUGCAAGUUCAUUUAAAACAUCAGCCCGUGCGGCUAACUUCCUGGUAGCCGUGCUAACUUCCUGGAAGCCUGCACGGCUAACUUCCUGGUAGCCGUGCUAACUUCCUGAAAGCCUGCACGGCUAACUUCCUGGUAGCCGUGCUAACUUCCUGGAAGCCUGCACGGCUAACUUCCUGGUAGCCCGCCGUGGCUAACUUUCUGCUAGCCCGUACAGUUAACUUCCUGGAAGUCAUGUUAAAUUCCUGGUAGCCCUGGCAACUAACUUCCUGGUAACCAUGGUUAGCAUGCUAACUUCCUGAUAGCCCAUGCUAUCUUUCUAGUAGCCGCCGUGGCUAACUUCCUGGUAGACAUGCUAACUUCCUGGUAGUCAUGUUAACUUCCCGGUAGCCCGCACGGCUAACUACCAUGUAGCCAUGCUAACUUCCUGGUAGUCCAUAUGGCUAACUUCCUGGUAACUAUGCUAAAUUUCUGAUAGCCCACGCGGCUAACUUCCUGGUAGUCUUGUAAACUGCCCGGUAGACCGCACAGCUAACUACCUGGUAGUCAUGCUAAUUCCUUGAUACCUCGUGGUAUCUGGUAACCAUGCUAACUGUCUUGUAUCCAUGCUAUCUUCCUGGAAGCCUGUACGGUUAACUUCUUGGUUACCCGCGUGGCUAACUUCUUGGUAACCCAUACAGUUAACUUCCUGGUAGCCCGCGUAAGUAACUUGGUAUUCAUGCUAACUUCCUGUUAGCCAUGGUUAGCAUGCUAACUUUCUGAUAGCCAUACUAUCUUCCUGGUACCCCGUGUGGCUAACUUCCUGGUAGACAUGCUAACUUUCUGCUAGUCAUGUUAACUUCUUGGUAGCCUGCAUGUCUAUCUACCUUGUAGCCAUGUUAACUUCCUGGUGGUCCAUACGGCUAACUUCCUGGUAACUAUGCUAACUUUCUGGUACCCACGCGGCUAACUUCCUGGUAGUCAUGUAAACUUCCCGGUAGACUGCACGGCUAACUACCUGGUAGUCAUGCUAAUUCCUUGAUACCUUGUGGUAUCUGGUAACCAUGCUAAUUGUCUUGUAUCUAUGCUAUCUUCCUGGAAGCCUGCACGGCUAAUUUCCUGGUAGCCCGCGUGGCUAACUUCUUGGUUGCCCGCGUGGCUAACUUCUUGGUACCCCAUACAGUUAACUUCCUGGUAACCCGCGUAAGUAACUUCCUGGUAUUCAUGCUAACUUCCUGGUCGCCAUGGUUAGCAUGCUAACUUCCUGAUAGCCAUACUAUCUUCCUGGUACCCAGUGUGGCUAACUUCCUGGUAGACAUGCUAACUUUCUGCUAGUCAUUUUAACUUCUUGGUAGCCCGCACGGCUAACUACCUUGUAGCCAUGCUAACUUCCUGGUAAAUAUGCUAUAUUUCUGGUAGCCCACGCGGCUAACUUCCUGGUAGUCAUGUAAACUUCACGGUAGACUGCACGGCUAACUAACUAGUAGUCAUGCUAAUUUCUUGAUACCUCGUACGGCUAGUUUUCUGGUAGCCUGCACUGAUAACAUCCUGGUAGCCCGCUCUGAUAAUUUCCUGGCAACCAUGCUAACUACCUAAUUUCUUGGUAGCCCGCGCAGCUAUCUUCCUGGUAGUCCACACAGAUCAUUUCCUGGUAACCAUGCUAACUGUCUUGUAUCCUUGCUAUCUUCCUGGAAGCCUGCACGGCUAAUUUCCUGGUAGCCUGCGUGGCUAACUUCUUGGUUACCCGCGUGGCUAACUUCUUGGUAGCCCAUACAGUUAACUUCCUGGUAGCCCGCGUAAGUAACUUCCUGGUAUUCAUGCUAACUUCCUGGUAUUCAUGCUAACUUCCUGUUAGCCAUGGUUAGCAUGCUAACUUCCUGGUAGCCAUGGUUAGCAUUCUAACUUCCUGAUAGCCAUACUAUCUUCCUGGUAGUGCGUGUGGCUAACUUCCUGGUAGACAUGCUAACUUUCUGCUAGUCUUGUUAACUUCUUGGUAGCCUGCAUGGCUAACUACCUUGUAGCCAUGCUAACUUCCUGGUAGUCCAUAUGGCUAACUUCCUUGUAACUAUGCUAACUUUCUGGUAGUCAUGUUAACUUCUUGGUAGCCUGCAUGGCUAACUACGUUGUAGCCAUGCUAACUUCCUGGUAGUCCAUUUGGCUAACGUCCUUGUAACUAUGCUAACUUUCUGGUACCCACGCGGCUAACUUCCUGGUAGUCAUGUAAACUUCCCGGUAGACCGCACGGCUAACUAACUGGUAGUCAUGCUAAAUCCUUGAUACCCCGUACGGCUAGUUUUCUGGUAGCCUGCACUGAUAACAUCCUGGUAGCCCGCACGGAUAAUUUCCUGGCAAGCACGCUAACUACCUGGUAGCCGUUGCUAAUUUCUUGUUAGCCCGCGCAGCUAACUUCACGGUAGUCUUGCUAACUUCCUGGUAACUACGCCAACUUCCUGGUAGCCCACACAGAUAAUUUUUCUGGUAACCAUGCUGACUAUGUUGUCGCCAUGCUAACUUCCUUGUAGCUCGCAUGGCUAACUUCCUUGUAGCCUGACGGUUACUUUCUUUCUUAUCAUCCUGGCUUCCUGUUUGUGGUUGCAGCAUUUUCCAAAUGCAUGUGUUGGUUUUUGUUUUUGGAUCUUUUCUGUGUUUGGAGCGUUUGCCCCUGUUGGCCACCAUUAAACAUAUACCUCCCACCCACCACCACCCACACACACUGUUAUGUACUUGAGGUCUAAGUUGGCAUCGCUUGAAUGUAUUAGAUUUAAGAAAAUAAGCAAAAAAAAAAACAAUGCAAACCUUUGCACAAAGACAAAACAAUCUUGCUGUUUGAUGCAUAUUGGAAGAAACCCAGCUCACUCACAUCCUGCACUGUUCAAAGUCUGGUACUUGUGCCCCCCGCCCCCCCCCCCCCCCCCCCCACCCCCCAUCCCCCCAUUCACACAUAUACAUCCCAAAAAAGUGUCACAGCCAGUGGGAAAAAAACAAAACUGUCCACUUUUUUUGCACCUCUUGACGCAAAAUCCAGACUGUUUACAAAGGAGAACAUUUCAAAACAAUUUUUACUAACACACACACACACACACACACACACACACACACACACACACACACACACACACACACACACACACAGUAAGGUUGGUACAGCCCCCCUCCCACUCCCUUCUCUCUUGUGUCUAUGUGCUUCAUUGUAUGGCAGCAGCGGGUGGGGGGCAAAUAAAAGAUUAUUUUUCUAAAAAAAAAAGAAAAAAAAGGAGGCACACAUUCGGGGACUGAAGAAGAUGCCAAAUGCUGCAUGAGACACUUCUAGUUUGUUUUUUAAAUGUGCACAAGCGACCAUUGUGGCAGUCGCUCCAUGAUGAUGAUGAUGAUGAUGAUGAACACAUGAAAAAAAAAAAAAAGAAA